ACAGCUGAUUUGCAACCGGCUAAAGCAACAGCAGAGAAGAAGGGAAAAUGUCGCUGUCUUCGACGCGGACCGUUCUAGGAUCAGUGUCCUUUUAGGAAAAAAUCACACGGCAGUUUGGUGAGUGGGACAGCCGUCACCAGUUGCAUCUAAGAAUGUAAUUGCUGCCAUUUGUGUUGCCAUGAGUCAUAAUAACCUUCACAAAACUGUAAAAAGAAAGUGAAAAGUAGCAGCUUCAAUGUGGGAGGUUUUACCUGGACUAGAGAAAGGCUCAGUUUACCUUCCCCUUUAGUCAGGUCAGCUUUAACCAUAACCAUUUAAGAACAGUAGUGUACUGUAACACUACAUGGGCCUGUGGGGUAACCUGAUCCGAUAAUUAAAGCCUCUCGAGCCUCCCUCCUCAGCUAGAAAGGUAAAAUUUCAGUGAAGAGAUGGACCCCUCUACUAGGAUGGUGGGUCUGGAUGCCCAGGGGAACAUGGUUUUCACUGUGGUAAAGCCAGUCAUGGGUAUAUUUCAGGUGUCUUCAGAACAAGGCAGCAGUGUAGCACAAGGGGGCAUGGGGCUUCAGGGUUUACCUGAAAACACAUUGGUCCUCCCUCAAGCACAAGGCCAGCCUCCGCUAGACCAGAACCAGGUGGAAAUGCACACCAUGCAGCCUCACAUUCAGCCCCAGAUGCAGGUGUCCGCCCCGGUCCAGACUGAGGAUGUGUCUCAGCAUCAGGACCCGCCGCCGAGCACAAAUUCAGAGUCCGUUACUCAGAUGCCGUUUGCAGAGGUGUCAUCGCUCCUGGAUCCCAACAUGAAAGGAUCUAAGGCUCGGAAGUAUCUCAUCUCGUAUGAUGAGAUUAAACGGCGUCUGCAGGCCCCUGAGAAGAUGUCCCUGCGCUCCCUGGCAGCCUACACUCGGGUCAGCAGAGGCCCAGCCAGCAAGAAAACACUUCUAGAGUCACUGAAUGUACUCGGUCUCACGCCGAGCACAACUACCUCCGUAUCCUCCUCGUUCUCCAAACUCACUGAAGGCGACACUAGAGCUUUGUGUGACGACAUGAAGGACUUUGCCCAUGACUACAUCGACUACAGCAACAUGGCUAAACAGCUCAUUCCCGAGACAAACACAGUUCAACACUGGUCCAAAAUUAUCGAAACUAAAAACCACCUUGAGGACAUGAGAAAAUGUUUCAGGGACCCGGUGAACAGUGGUGCAUUCGACAAUGUCACUCAUGGCCUCGGUCUGGGGAUGUUGGACGUUGCUCUGGACAUGAUCAUUAUGGUGAUCGAACAGCAGAUUCGCAUCCUGUCCGGCGCGGCGGCAUCAGACCCAGCCGACUCCGGUCCUCCGAUGCGGCGCAUCCGCAGACGCCACCGCAAGACUCGCUCCGCCGACAGCGAGAGGCCUCACAAGGCGUCCGGAGGGGUCAAAGAUCAAGGGAAGGUCAUUUCAAAAGGCAAAGGGCGAGGCAGAGGCAGGAAGAAGAUACGGCAGGAAACCGGAGCCGUGGGUCAUGUGGAAACUCAAGCGGAGCAGUGCAAGCCAGACGAUGUGGAGAGUAACGUCCUUACUCUGGUUUCUGUCGGAUAUGAGACUGUUUCCAGUGGUCUCAAUGCAGCAGGGACUGUUUGACACCUCUGUUUGACAGUUGGAUCCCGCUUAAGGACUGGCCCAGCAAAUCAAAGUUUUUUUUAAGAGAAUCAACACAUUAAAAGCUCAAUGAUGACGUUUCACAGGCUGCACGAGUUCAGAUGCCACAGUUUACCUGUGAGGGAGAUCACAGUUGUGGUGAACUCAGCAUCAACCUACAAAUCCUGUUUCUUUAGUAGCAAAUUUCAUAUGUAUUUUCAGAUCUAACUGAAUCCGAUCAUAUAUGAUUUUUUUCAUCCCAUGUUUUUAAAGAACAAAAGUUCCCACCGAUGUACUGUAUGUAUAAAUGUAAACAUGUUGAACACUGAGAAAACCUGUCCAUGCACAGGUGCAUCAGAUCAAAUAAUGUCAGUCGUGUAGCUGUCAGUACAAUGUGUCUUGUGUCCCAGUUGUAUUUAUUAUUUAGAUUUCCAGUUGAACAUCUUUUGUUCUGUACUAGAUCAUGAAAAUUAUAGUCUGUUUUUAUGGGAACCUCAAGAGUUGAGUAAAAUAUAAAGAUUUAAUUUUCAUAAAUA